UUCACUUUGCUUUUGAGCUCAUUCCAAAGCACAAAACAACGAAGAAAAUAUGCAAAAAGAAGCUUUAGUUAUAUUGUUUUACAAUCUAUCAAGCUCAUCUUUGCUUCUCCUUCUCUUCCUAUACUCCUCAUCCAUUUUGCUUGUCAAUUUCUUCUCCUUCGUUGGAAGUUACCCACUCAUCCCAAGGACUCGAAAUGGAUUCGAUUACGGCAUGUUUUCGGAGGAGGAAGAAGAAGAGAAUGGCGUUGAAAAGUAUAAUUAUAAGGUGAACUUCACGGAAAACGACCACCUUGUGGCCGAUAUAAUUCAUGGCGGUGAAUCACUUGUUUUCCGCCAUGACAACGGCUUUCGAAAGACUCGAAAUCGUGUCGACGCGAUGAUUACGAUGAAGAAGACGAUGAUCAGCUCAUCACGAAUGAAGAUCAAGAAUAUUAUGUAACGUGCUCCACUGAGCAGUCGUCACCUUGCUCAGAUUCUUCUGCUGCUGAUGAUGAUCAUGAUACUGAUUUGCAUGAUCAUGAAAACCAAGACGGCCCCACUCCUAUAGUCUCACCAAUGGACAAAAGUGACAUGGAAAUGAUGAAGAUGAUGAUGGUAAUGUGUAUGUG